GCCGCCGCUGAGCAGUCGCGUCCCGGAAGCGGCGGCCGGGGAGGCGGCGGAGGUUCUCAGUACUGCGACUUCAGAGCGGCCUUGGGAAGAGGUGCGUCGUGGUGGGGCGGGCCUGAGGAAACGCGCCGGGGUCCAGUGGCCCUGUCAGUGCCUCCUGGCCGUCCCCGCCCCUUCCCCACCAUCGCAGCGACAGCGUAGGAUGCAGACCUCAGAGCGAGAGGGGUGUGGGCCAGAGGUGAGCCCCAGCAUGGUCCCCGAAGCUCCCCUGGAGUCUCCAACUGCUCCUGCCAAGUCCCCGGCGUUUGAUCUUUUCAACUUGGUUCUUUCCUACAAGAGGCUGGAGAUCUACCUGGAACCUCUGAAGGAUGCAGGUGAUGGUGUCCGGUAUUUGCUCAGGUGGCAGACACCAUUGUGUUCCUUGUUGACCUGCCUGGGCCUCAACAUCUUGUUCCUCACCUUGAAUGAGGGUGCAUGGUACUCAGUGGGUGCACUGAUGAUUUCAGUGCCCGCCCUGCUGGGCUACCUUCAGGAGGUCUGCCGGGCACGGCUGCCCGAGUCUGAGCUGAUGCGGAGGAAGUAUCACAGCGUGAGACAGGAGGACCUGCAGAGAGUUCGCCUGUCUCGCCCUGAGGCCGUAGCUGAGGUGAAGAGCUUCUUGAUCCAGCUGGAGGCCUUCCUGAGCCGCCUGUGCUGCACUUGUGAAGCUGCCUACCGCGUGCUGCACUGGGAGAACCCCACCGUGUCCUCACAGUUCUAUGGGGCUCUUCUGGGCACGGUUUGCAUGCUGUAUCUGCUGCCGCUGUGCUGGGUCCUUGCCCUUUUAAACAGCACACUCUUUCUGGGAAAUGUGGAGUUCUUCCGAGUGGUGUCUGAGUAUAGGGCAUCUCUGCAGCGGCGGAUGAACCCCAAGCAGGAAGAGAGUGCCUUUGAGAGCCCGCCACCGUUGGAUGCCGGGGGGAAGGGCGCUCUGCCGGACUGCACACCUGCACCUGCGCCCACGCCCACAGAGGACCUCACACCAGGCAGUGUGGAGGAGGCUGAGGAGGCCGAGCCUGACGAGGAGUUUAAAGAUGCAAUCGAGGAGACCCACUUGGUGGUGCUGGAGGAUGACGAGGGGGCCCCGUGCCCGGCAGAGGAUGAGCUGGUCCUGCAGGACAACGGGUUCCUGAGCAAGAACGAGGUGCUGCGCAACAAGGUGUCGAGGCUCACAGAGCGGCUCCGCAAGCGGUACCCGACCAACAACUUCGGGAGCUGUACGGGCUGCUCGGCCACCUUCUCAGUGCUGAAGAAGAGGCGGAACUGCAGUAACUGUGGAAACAGCUUCUGCUCUCGGUGCUGCUCCUUCAAGGUACCCAGGUCCUCCAUGGGGGCCACAGGUCCACAAUCUGCAGGAGCUCCGGCGAAGUGCCUCGCUGGCCACCAAGGUCUUUAUCCAGAGAGACUACAGCGAUGGGACCAUCUGUCAGUUCCAGACCAAAUUCCCCCCAGAGCUGGACAGCCGGGUCCUCAAGAAGAUCUCCCGAUACAUCCAGGAGCAAAACGAGAAGGUCUUUGCCCCCCGAGGCCUCCUGCUCACAGACCCCGUGGAGCGUGGGAUGAGGGUUAUAUCCUUUCCAGCUGUUCCGUGCGAGGGCACAGAGCUGCCGGCCAGUGGGCCCCUGUGCCUGGUGCAGUGCCUCAUCCUUGGCAGGUGAACGAGAAGUGCAGCCCAUCACAGGCUGGCAGGAAGAGACAAGAACAUACAGACGUGAGAUCCUCAGGCCCCUGGGGCAACGUGCCACUGAGAAGCAGCUUAGGCAGAUGCAGACACAGACAGGACGUGCCUGCUGUUAAGGAGAUGCAAGCGACAUCAGCCCCUGACAGGACGUGGCUGGGGUCUGGUCCACACCAAAGGAGAGAGAUGAUGGCUGACCCUGGGGACGGAGAGAAGGGGAGGGACUAGGCUUGCCUCCUGGGCUGAGAGUCUGGGGGGGGGGGCGGGUAUCAUUCUGGAAUCUGCUGGAAAAACCCAGCUGGCUCCCUGAGAAAAAGAAGCGUUCGUCCUCCUGUCUCCAUGUGACUCUGGAAUGAUGACCAAGGGUCCUGUUCAGAGGCGGGAGUGGAACCCCUGCUUGAGCUGCAGUCCAGUGGCGGGCGCCGGUCAGGGUGCGAUGCCCAGACCCUGGGAGGGGGCCAUAGCAGCCAGAGUGACACAAAACCAAACUCCUGGCCCUCAGAAUGGCACCUUCCCAGAACAGGGCUGGCAGCUGAGUAGAUGCUUGAAGAGGUCACGUGGGUGAUUCACAAUUCUGUGCCUGGUGAGGGGACUCGACACAGGUACUGCCAUUUCUUCUCGCAGCUUGAAUGUCACUGUUGGGAGACUGUCUCAGAUCCUGGGCCUCCAGGGACUCCAUUUCUUCUACCCAACCCACCCCUUGACCCUGGGCAGCGUGAGCGACGGUGCUUUUGUGUAACCAGCCAGCUAGCCCGAAUGGAGAAGGAAGAGCACAGGCUGGGGACAGACUGCCCUGACAGAGUCCUUCCUCUGUCCCGUUCCAGCCGCAUGCGUCUCGGUAAAACUGGGAUGAUUACAGCACUUUCCUCCGGGGAUUGUGAGGAUUCAACAAGUUGAUUCCUAUUUACUUUAGAGCUGACCCAGACAUGCUGAGCUCACUAAAUGGAAGCUAUUAUUGUCAUUUUAAGGGGUACAUUCCUGGGAAGAGGAGCAUUCUUGGGCGGAGUAAAAAUGGUAUUAUUAUUAUUUGGCUUUUCUUGAAAAAUGGGAAGUUCUGGCCAUGCUGGCCCAUCUUCCUGCUCUGCUAGAGUGAGUAAGGGCUGCCCCCUUCAGCGGCUCCAGCUCGCCAUUUGCAUAAUCCCUUCUAGCCCAUUCCAUUACUUCUCAGCCCCUGAAGGCAUUUGCUAUUUCUGUUACAAACUCAGGUCCAGCAGAAGCCAACAAAGAUGUCAGGAGCCUGAGUGGGGCUAGCAGACAAAAAAAAGACUGAAUUGUCUGUGCUCAGAAAGGAAAGGCAAGGGUUUGGGUGCCCAUGGGCCUCAGGGCAAGAGGAAUUAGAAGAAAGAGUGACCUUGAGCCUGGCUAGCUUGGGUGCGGCUCUGUGCCCACCCAUCCGUGGCUGGUUCAGCACAGGCCAGUAAACACACUGGACUGAGGCACUGGGCUUGGAAAGCCUGGGCUCCUGGCCCACUGGGGAGGUCUUGUUAUUCGGGGGCAGGGAACUUGACGCCCUCAUUGUCACGGUCCUCAUGGGAGGGACCAGUGCUUGUCACACGGGAGGGAGGUUCUCAGUAAAUGCUUGUUGAAUAAAUAUAUGAAUGAAUGCAGAGAGCUAGCUUUCUGGUACAGCAAUCCAAGAAGUUAGCUAGCCUUUUUAGAAAGCCUCUCUGAGUCCCGUUCCCAUCCCGUGCCCUGGGCUCCUCCAUCUGGCUGGAGGAAGGCAAUAUGGGGACAGCAACCAAGUCACCUUCACUUACCAUUGCACGCCCAGAGCCUAGCUCAGUACCUGGCACAUAAUAGGUGCUCAACCAAUAUUUGUUGAAAGACUGAAUGAAUGAAAGAAUGAAUCUAACGGAAAGCCUUCUUACCCUGGAGUCAGGAUAUUGUAGUUGUGCUCUUAGCAGCUGGAGGGAUUUUGCACUCCUCUUUUAACUCAUCUGGCCCCACCCACCAAGUAGGGUAAAACCACACAUAUAUACCCAGUUAUAAGAAACUCGGUGUGCAGGAAUUCAUGGUUAUUACUUAUAAGGCAUCCUCUGAAGUUUGCUGUCACCUCGGAUCUCCUGAUGUCCUUGUCAGGCUGUCACACUAGCUGUCUUAUCCCUUAUUUCUCGUGUUGUGUGUGUAGCCAAUCAAUGGACACUGUUAUCUUGUUAUUUACCAUUGCAUUUGGAACCAUCGCCUCUGUGGGCUUUGGGUUUUACUUAUCUCACUAUCUUAGAUCCACUUGUUCUUUUCUAAAAAGGCAGCAUCUUCCAGAAUGACGAGGGAAUAGUCUGAAUGGUGACAGCGCUGUCUGUUACCCCCCUGACAAGAUGGGGGGGUGGCAGAGGGCUCCAGCUUUGGCUCGGGGACCAGCUGGCUCGUGACCUUGGGCAGAUCACUUCACCUCUCUGAGCCUCAUCUCUGGGGCCCUUUCAGAUCUUUAAUUCCAUGUCAACACACAGGAGUGGGCUUCCCAGAAGUGGAGCGAUUUUUAAGUGGGUGUACGUUCUCUGUGAAACUGUAGCUGUUUUUAUUUUAAAACUUUUCAUUUAAGCUCCUAUUCCGAGUGUAAAAACAGCACUAGCUAUGAGGAAUUAAUAGUUUGUGAUUUAUGGGGCAUGUUAUUAUUAUAUCAGAAAAUGGUAGUUUUUUUUGUUAAAUAUAU